GCUGCAAGACAUCAAGGCCCUGUACAAGCGCAAGUACGGCUUGGACGUGGACGACGCGGCCGAUGAGGCUGUCUGCGGCUCCCCGGCAGUGGAGGACCAGCCCGACAGCCUGAAGGCCGUGCUCGCCAAGGGCGGGGUACUCGGCGGCGGCGGGCUCGGCCGCGGAUUCGGCAUCGAAGGCCGCGUGGCACAGGUGGGCUGCCACACCUGGUGUGGCUGCAUGUGA